AUGGCACACGGCGCGGAGGACUGCGCAACAGUCCUAGAACAAUUUGUGCACGAUGCGGCCAACUUGCCCCUUGAGAUCAACCAUCUGAUGGAGGAGAUCCAAGCCAAAGACAAGUCCAUGCAAGAUUACCGAGCCACAAUCAACUCUAAGGAUGGCAGCAUCCAGAAAUUCAUCAAGGCGAAUGGCAGUCUCGCACCAAACCCCAAGGAGGAGCAGUACAAUAAGGCGGUGCUUGAGAGCUAUGACCGGGCCAUACAGCUCCAAGAUGAGAAGAUCCAGUUGAGCGACAAGGCUUGCGUGCUGUUGGAUCGCCAAAUCAAACGCUUGGAUAUGCGCAUCCGCGAUCUUGUCAACGACGGCCUGCUCUCCAAUGAUCCGCCUCUCCCUUCACUCUUUGACAACAAAAACCAAUACCGUGACCCACCAAAGGUGUUCUUCCCGGACUCUACGCCCUCCGAAUCCCCCUCUUACGCCACUCCACUCAACACGACGUCCGGAAACGCGAAUAUCAUCCUUGCUGCAGCCCAGCGUCUGAACCAGGUUAGCGCGCGAGCUCCAGGUCCAACCGCCCUUGCUGCACAAGGCGGCGCACGCAGCUCUGCUCCUGCAACUCCCGCUGCAACUACAGCUGUCCACCUUCAGCAGCGCCAACGCGAGUCUUCUGCCGGUGCAGUGGACUCCAAACGUCGUCGAUUGAUGAAUGCCUCCUUGGGAACACUCCCCGCGGCAUCAUCCAACCUGCGUCAGUCCUCUCUAGGUCCUGGAACACCCAAGGCUGGUACCCCUGCUGGCAGUCGCGCAGGCAGUGUCGGACCGCGCGCCGCCACCGUUAAAAAGGCCUUGACCAAGAAAGUUGCGCCGCACCAACAAGUCAAGAAGAUCAAAGCCUCUGCAUCCAGCAAGCACACCAAGCGCUCAUCCAGUGCCAGCGGUCGUGUCAAAGCAUCCAAGAAGUCCCCCACUGGCGAGGGAGAUGAAGACGAUGAUUCCAUGCUCAGUAGUGCUGACAUGUCGGAUUCGGACAAGAGCGAUGUCGCCGACGGCGAUGAGGAUAUGGAUGACGACGAGGAAGAAGACGAGGGUGUCGAGGAUACCAAGGUGUACUGCACCUGCCGCACUGUCAGCCACGGUGACAUGGUAGCAUGCGACAACGACAGUUGUCCCUACGAGUGGUUCCACUGGAAGUGUGUGGGACUGACCCGUGAGCCAGUCGGCACGUGGUACUGUGAUGAGUGCCGGAAGACGCUUGGAAAGUAA